AUGGCUUUGGUUGCCCCUCUUCCUUCUCACUCGUCUCUAGAUUAUACUAUACUAAAAUCUUUCGUUGAUUUAGACCCAUCUCGGUUUAUUUUAGGUCCUUCUCUUACAGACGAGCCAUUCCCUGCUGACUUCCAUUUUACUAGUGAUGGACUUCCCCUGAGAAAAGCCACUUAUCUUCAGUAUUGGUACUCAUCAGCUUCGACAGGAAAGAGUCUUCGAACCUGGCCAAGCAUCUCAGAGCCAUAUUUGGCCUGGUUAGAUAGGGUAGAAGCCGCCUUUGGUGAUUUUUGGUGGGAAGUAGGUAUUUAUGAAGCGAUUGAAUUGUCUAGGCACCCUCUUAUAGCCGAUAACCUUCUUCUAGCCGCCGCUCUCUGUUUUUGGUCCCCUGCUUCUAAUAUUUUUCUUUUCAGAAGAGGGCCUCUCACUCCCACACUUUUUGAUGUUGCUGUCAUUAUCGGCUUACGCCCUCAUGGAGUUGCUGUCUCCACUUUUUAUAAUCCUGACGGCGUAUCUAAUUUUGAGGCUUAUCUAGACCCAAUGACUUGGCCUAUUCCAAGUUUAUCUACAAGUUUGCAGAAGAUCAAUUGUGAUUUUGUUCCAAUCGCCGUUGGACUGUCUAACGGCGAUAGAUUAGCUCUAGGGCCUUAUUUUCUUGCCUUUGUUUAUAGAGAAAUUUUUGAUUUCAUCAAACUGCUGCCUUCUGGAGAUGCUGCCCAAUUUGAUUCUUAUGGGCUAGCUCUCGGCUGUCCACAGCCGAUGACUUCGGGUCAACCUUCUGAUUUUCUUACUUAUUUCAAAACUUUUUAUGAGCCGAAUCCUGACUCAGCUAUUUCCUGGGCUCCUUUUGUUGAUCGUCUUACUGGCCUCUCGUGGUUCCUUGCUCGGUUUGAGGCUAUUCAAGGCAAACUAGCUUCUUCUCACACGAGUGAGUACUCAGAAGUAUGGUAUUCUUAUUUGGCUUCCAGGGAUCUUCAUAUGGGGCUCAAAUUGCGUUCAAAGUUAUUACCCAAUACUGACGUUUAUUCCCCUCAAUAUGUGGCCCGCCAAUUUGGAUUUGUUCAGUCGAUUCCAGCUCCGUCUAAAUUCUUUACGGCCAAUACGGCCGAUUAUCGACCUCCUACCAAAGGUAUAGCCGAAGCUGACAAUAUCUCAACUAUGGGGAAUCGUCUUCGACGGUUCUUCAAGUUAGUAAGCUUCAGGCCAAAUUACACAGGUGUAGCUCUCGAAGGCUAUGCCACAAUUUGGGAUCAGUUUACUGAUCGUAUUUUUGAUCUCGCUCUGCUUCGGGCGGCUUGA